AUGGCCGACUUCAGCUACACUGAAGAUCCCGAGCUACAUAAGCUAAACGACCAGGCUCUGGCUCAGCCCGAGGAGUUUGAGAACUGGGAGAAGCUCGUCCGCGCCGCAGAAUCACAAGAAGGAGGCCUCAAUCGCAAUUCUUCGCCACAAGCCAUCGCCGCGACUCGAGACACAUACGACCGCUUCCUUGCACGCUUUCCGCUGUUCUUUGGCUACUGGAAGAAAUAUGCCGACCUGGAAUUCGCAAUUGGUGGAACGGAGGCGGCAGAGAUGGUCUACGAGCGUGGUGUGGCCAGCAUCGGUGUCUCUGUCGACAUCUGGGCACACUACUGCGCCUUCAAGGUCGAGACCAGUCAUGACGCGGAUGUGAUCAGAGAUUUGUUUGAACGCGCUGCAGCGAGCGUCGGAUUGGACUUCUUGGCUCAUCCUUUUUGGGACAAGUUUAUCGAGUUUGAGGAGCGCCUUGAGUCGCACGACAACAUCUUUGCCAUCCUUGGCCGAAUCAUCCAUCUUCCACUCCACCAGUAUGCUCGCUACUUUGAGCGCUAUCGCACAAUGGCAGCGCAAAGACCGAUCAAUCAGCUUGCACCAGCAGAGACUGUCACGCAGUUCAGCGACGAUAUCGCCCGCGAGACAGGUCAAAAGCAGAAGACUCCAGCUGAUCUAGAGCGCGAUUUGCGUGCCCGAGUCGAUGCGUACCACCUGGAGAUCUUUCAGCGCACUCAAACCGAGACGACCAAGCGCUGGACGUACGAGCAGGAGAUCAAACGUCCCUACUACCACGUGACUGAGCUGGACGAGCCACAACUGGUGAAUUGGCGCAAGUACCUCGACUUUGAGGAAGCGGAAGGCGACUAUGCCCGCACCAAAUUCUUGUACGAGCGAUGCAUGGUGACUGCAGCAAAUUACGAGGAGUUCUGGUACCGAUAUGCCAGAUGGACUUUGGGCCAGGAGAGCAGACCUGAGAUGGUUCGCAAUGAGGAGGUUCGCAACAUUUACCAGCGCGCGAGCUGCACGUACAUCUUCCAGAACGCGCCCGAAAUUCGGCUCUACUACGCCAGAUUUGAGGAAUCACUUGGCAAGGCUGAUACUGCGAUUGCGAUCCACGAGGCCAUUCUUUUGACAAUUCCCGGACAUCUUGAGACGAUAAUCUCCCUCGUCAACACGCACAGGCGGCAGUAUGGCGUUGACGCCGCCAUUCAAGAAAUCAACAAGCACAUCAUGAGCCAAGGAUACAAUUCACACACUCGCGGCGCGCUUGUGUCCGAGUUGGCUCGGCUGACCUGGAAAAUCAAGGGAGACCCAGAAGGAGCACGCGCAGUCUUCUCGUCUAACGCACAGUGGUUCCAGGAUUGCAAGAAGUUCUGGGUCGACUGGCUGCUAUUUGAGCGGGAUCAACCGACUUCGGAGAGUGAGGAACCACCGCGCUAUGAGCGCGUCAAGUCUGUUUACAGCGACGCACGGCAGAAGGCUACGCUCAAUGCAGAAAUGGUCAAGGACUUGUCUGCGUACUACUUGGAGUACUUGGAGCAGCGCGGUGGCAAGGAGACCAUGUCUGAGUACAUGCAAAUCGACAAGGAGAUCAAUGGCCCCACGAGCGUUGCUGGCUCUUCUCCUGCUGCCAUUUCCACUCACACCAAGGAGAAUGGGCCGCAGAGCGUCUAG